CGCCCAGAACCAUCACUAAGGAAGCUACGACGGCAUAAAUAAAACAUCACACCGAAUUCAAUAAAUAACAUUCUAACAUCUUUUAUUCCCGAACAUUGUUUUUCAUGUUGUCAAAAUAAUACAUCAUCACAUUGCUAGGCUUUGGAACUAAAAAAAAAAGCAAUGGCACUGAGACAAGGAGGUAUCUUACCAUGUACGGCAACUGCUGUUAGAAAUGAAAUUCGAGUAAGUAGAAGUAGUAAGUAGACGGCGGCGGACUAACUGAAUGACAAGUCAGUCAGAGAGUCACUAGUCACUCGUGUCUUCAGUUUUUAGUAUUGAUAACUUUCACUGCAUUAAAAUGAAACUAUAUCACUAGUACUUAAGUUAGUUAUUGAAAAAUAUUUAAAAAUAUCCACGCAAAUGACUUAAUGAUUUACUGACUGAGACACCAUUGACUGCCGUGAGAUUACUACUACUACUACCAACCAUUACUACAACUGCUUCAAAAGAAAAAUCAUAAGUGUUUCAAUUUGACUUAAGAGUUUGGCAAUAGUUAAGCCUUUACUCUAGAUCUGAGUGCUGGAUGGCUGAGCGGUCUAAACUGAGUGAAUCCUGCAUGGAUGGGACUCGUUAAUCUUGAAUGGCAACUUAUCCAAGAGAUUAAACAUUCUGAAUUCAAACCUGGAGAUUGAGUCCCAUAGGCUGUAUGACAUUUAUCAAAUGAAAAUUCCGGUGAAUCCUGUGAUGUGGAAUGCAAAAAAUGCACAGUAAAACAAAUUUUAAAAAAACACUGGAGGUUAUUUACUGCAUCCUGAUCUAUUUCCAGUCAUCUUGGACUAAGUCUUGCUUUUGGUACAAUUUGGCAAGGACAAGAGAGUGAGGGUGAUGAACUGAGCAAAUCUCCCUCCCUCUAAACUAAAUACAGCUCAAGUCAAGGCUGCAACCAUCAAAGCCUUAGUCAUCUUUGCAUGCCAAGGAAGAAGAAUAAAGAGUAAAAAAAAAUAACAAUACUCUAAAUCAAAAUUUUUAUUCAAAUAAUUAAAGCCAGUUUUUCAUCACAAAUAAUUAGACUUAAAUUUUUUAACAGGGGAUAAUAAUGUUUAGAUUUAUCCUAACUUAGUCAUGAUAGUACUGUAUUCUUUAAUAUGACUCGUUGAGCUUUUGAAGUUGAUCAUUAACUUUUUCAUGCUGGAAGUACUUUUUUUGUAGUCUACUAAAUUAAGAUCCCCCAAUACACAAAUAUACACAAAUACUGUUUGAUUAUAAUUUAAUUAAAAAUCACUAAAUGUUUGUAAAAAAAUCAUUUUGGUCAUUAGUAAUACUCUAAUUGUUAACUAAGUAAUAUUAUUCAUUCCUUAAACUUAAUUAUUGGUGAACUUUAAUUAAAUCUAAUAGACUGUAAUCUUUAUAGUGAGAAUGAUGAGAAAAUGAAAGUUCAUUAUGAAGUUCAUGUGUUACUAGUUACAGGGUAAAGGAAAGAUCAUAUUAAUUUAUACGUAAUAUAAAGAUGUAUAGCCUAAAACAAAACUAAUGUAAUUUUAUGGAAAAUCAAACUAACAAAUGAGAUGCUUUAUAUAAGAGAUCUGCAAUUUGCAGCACACAUGCCAGAUUUGGCCACAGCAUGACUUUUCAUGGCAUGCGGAAGAACAAAAAAUAAUAUUAAAUGGCUAAAAAAUUCACCAGCAAGUAGGCUUAUAGGUUUUUGGCAUGCAGAAGGAAUUAUAAAUCCUAAUCUGGCACAAUUUUGCUGACUCCUGCUCUUAAAGAAAACAUUAAACAGGGGAUGGGGUCAUUCAAUGUCAAGACCAAGGGCUUGGAUGAAAAAGCCUACUAGUGAAAUAAAGAUCCAUUAGUAUAAUAUAUAUGAGAUUCUUUUCUAGACUGUUCUGAUCAGUUUAUACCAUCCGUAUAUUAUUGACAAAAGAAUAAAUUACUUAAAAAACAUAUUAUGACAAAAAAUAAUCUUAUUAUUUUGUCUUUAUAGGAAAUUCUUCAGUCAGGAAAUUUCUAUGUUACUGAAGAGAUAGCACGAGAAAUGUCAGUUAUAAAUAAUGCACUUGAGCAUUUAAGUUUAGAUGAUACAUUCUUGACAACUUCUCAAAACUGGCAGAAGCAACCUGGGAAUUUCACUCCAGCUGAAACUGCUCAGCAUCUGUCAGGUUAAAUACUUUAUUGGAAAUAAUAUUUAAAUUAAGGUGCAUUACUUAAUGUUUUAAAAUCUAUAAUAUAAGUAUAUUUCUUUGUGAAAGUUGUAACUUAAAUUGUGAUGAAGAAUGCACAUUAUAGUUAUAUUACACUAUAUUAGAUUGAUUAUCUGGAAUUCAAAAAAUUUAUUAUGAUACACAUAAAUUAAUACUAGCCUUGGAAGAACAGGAAUAAAUCAUUCACUGCAUUCCACUUCCUGCCGUGGUGGAUACUACUUUUCCACAAAUUAAAUUUUUUUUGGGGUAUUUGUGUUAUUAAAUGUUUGUUCACUAAAGUAGGCUUCUUGCUGACACGUUCGUUGUUUUUUGCUGCGUCAUUUUUUCAGGUUUCCCAUACCUUGUUUCACAUAUUUCCUUCUACCAAACCUGAAUGCAGUCGUGUCCCCCCAUAUUAUAAUAAAUGUUUUCAAGUUUAAAAAAAAUAAUAUUACUAUUGAAAAAAAAAUAUAGUCUUAGACAGGUAAAUUCUUUAACAGAUUUAUAGGUAGUAACUCAAAUUGAUUGUUUGAAUUAUGUUUAACUCUAUAAUUUUAAAAUAUAAUAUUAAUAUUAAUACAGCCUAUAAAAAUAAUUCUCAAUUUAAUCAUAUCAGGUGCCAUGAAUGCCAUUCAAAGAAUUGGAAUGUGUCUUCAAGAGUGCAAGUAUCGAUUAGCUAAUAGUGUUGUUAAUGGGAAACAAGAAAACCAAAUCAGGGAAUUACAUCAAUGGACCAUUUCGGUCCUUAAGAAUGCUCAAAGGGUUUGAUUUCUUUACAGUUAUUUUCUUAAGAAUAAUUUUAGCCAAUAUCAGUAACAAAUCAAAAUGUGAGCAUAAAUAAACAUCAAUUUUUCUGUAUGACCCAUUAUUUAUUUAAAUGGGGGAAAAAAGGAAAUUAUGUGUUUAAAAUAAUUUUUUCUCACUAAUUCUGUGUUUUUGAUAAUGAAUGAACAUUAAAUUUAAAGAUUUUUUGCAUAAAUAUUUUUUAGUAUGUUAAUUUUUUUUUAAAAGGAUAGAAACACUUGAGUAGUUGGUUGCAAUGCAUUUAAAGCAUUUUAGAUAAGGUGGUACGUUUUUCAGCAAAAUUUAGUGCUUUAGUAGUAUCAAAAGGAAACUUAUUUUGAAAAACUCUCAACCUCCUGGCUUAGAUAAAUAGCUUAUCUAUAAACCCCACCAACAAGCUUUUCAGAGCCAUAACAUAUAUAUUUUGAUAGAGCCAUAAAGCUAAGUCUCACAUGAAAUAAACUAAAAUAUAUUUUUUUCCUUUUGUAGUGUAUAAAAUAGUUAUGGCUCUGAAGAUUUUUAACAAAUUAACGUGUUUUUUAGUAAAACUUGUCUAUUCUGCAAUUUAAGGAAUUGGAGUCUUAUACAUUUGAUGCUGCUGAUCGAAUCAAACAAUUUGGGGAUACCAUUGGAGUAACUGACAGAUAUACUGGCUAUCGUAAUAACUUAAGCCGUGGGACUCGUGACCCAUUUCAAAUGAAGACAACAUGGAUGGAUAAAGCUGGAGAGCUUGGACUCAUGAACAAUCUUACACGAUCUCAUACUAGUAAGUUUGUUUAAAUUGAUACCUUAUGCUCAUUUUUACAUAAUAAAAAACACCACAUUAGUAAUUUUCUAUUCAUAGUUCCAACAUAUUUUACUUGUAUGCAUAAUGAGUAAUUGCACAAUCUCUUAUAAUGCACCAUUAUGUUGAUUUAAGAAGAAAAUUAGUCUAGUACUUUUUUAUAACAAGACUCUACAUGAAUUUGGUACUAAGCAUUUUUAUCAUAGAAUAUUUUAAAUGUCCAUGUUCAAUAUUUCCCUAAAUAAAAAGUCCUAAACCUUUAUUCUGUAGCUUUGGGAAGUCCAACCCUUGAUGAGAGAGUUGUGAAAAGGACAAUGCGGUUUGUAGGGGAGCCAUCUAAUCAGUUCAGUGAAUUUGGAGGUGUGCCUCCUGCUAACAUGGGGGCUUUAAAGAAACAAGUGAGGUUUGGAACUGUCAACCCGCCAAUGAGAGUAACAAGAGGUUUGCACGGUUACUUUUUUAAGCUGUCAAUAAAGAUCACCAUAAGGUCAUUUAAAGUUACAAUAGGUUUCUAAAAAUCUGUUGAUCUCAUGCCUUUUUUUUUAAUAAAUAUUUUUUUUGUACUUUGCUUUUCAUUUACUGAGCAAAACUUUGAAUUUAACUUUUCAAUGACUACACUUUGUUUAAGCUUUACAGCUGUCCAUAAGUUUUUCUUUUCCUUAAGUUAUUACCGAAAAAAUAUGAUUAAAAUGUUUAACAUUUUGCAGGAUAUCGAACAAUAGACUCACUGUAUCCUAAGUCCACUGUCCCACUCAAUGGUGGACCACCCCUUCAAUCAAGUGUGAUGGAUGAAGUGAAAACACUGAAUGCUCUGAAUGCCUGUGAACAGUAUGACAGGGUUGACAGAUAUGCCAAUAUCAUACCACCUGAGAAACGGCCAUAUGAACUGAACAGCCCUCAGGAACAGGUAAAUAACAGAAAAUAAUAUAAUUGGGAUGAAUAGUCAGAUGAAAGUCCUCACUUUCCAAAUAUUUUACAAGCUGUAACCCCUUUGCUGGUACCAAGAAUACCUUGAGUGGGUUUAAACCAAGAUAGUCAUGUCUUCCAUGGUUUGUUAAAUGUCCUAGUGGGUCAAUUUUAAAACCUUUCUUUUAUGUUAAGGCAACAUUCUUUUUUCAAAUAGUAACUAAAUAUUUCACAAUGAGAAAAAAGCAUUGUGAAGUAAAAUUAUUUGAUGAAAAAAAAACAAAUUAAGGACUAAUAGGAACUAUCUUUCUUCAAUUAAAUGAUCCUUUAAUAUUAUUUUAAAUUUAAAGUUAAAAUGCUUUUGUUACUUUUGAUCUGUAGAGUAUUGGUAUAUGAUAAUUGAAGCCCAAAAAGAUCUGAAGAAGCUAUACAUUCCAAAACAUUACUUAUAUUUGUUUCAACUUUAGCCUACUGCAGUAAUUUGUACAAUUAGAAUGUAGCAUUAUUCAAAAUAUUAAUGUUUUCCUACUAAUUUAAUUCCAGGCUGGAAUUAACACUGUAUUUCCUGGAAAGACGGAGUAUAUGUUGCGUUACACAGCCCCUGACACAAAUGGAGCCAUAUCAGAAUUCAAAAUCAAUCCUUCUCCAGAUUUUACAAUUUAUGGAAGGCCAAUACAGAGCAAUGUCUUCCUUCCAAACUUUACUGAGUAUCAAAGUCGAUAUGAGUGGCCAUCUGGGGACAAAGUUGUUAGGCUGCCAUGGUUGAGGAAUUAGCCAGGGACAAAAAAUAAUUUAAAAUAAACAUUUAAAUGGGACAAUUUUAAUAAUAGUAGCUUGCUCUUAUAUGAUGGGUUGCUAUUAAUAUACUCUUUAUAAUGUUUACAUGUGUAUUUUAACUGAAUAUUCAUUAAUGAAAUAAUUAACCCUAAGGAUCUAAAAUGAACUUAGCAGAGUUUUGCUAGUAAAAGUAUUACAUUUAAUUUUGAAAUAUUAAAAACUCUGCUAAGGAGCCAAAAUGCAUCAUGAGCUUUUUAAAGAAUAUUAUUGCUCUUCUUAUGUAAGGAGACAUCAAUCAUUUUAAUGUAGUAUUUGCAGAUACUGGUGGCAGAUUUAGGGGAUGUGAUGUACUUCUGCAUCUGACCCAUCCCUGUGAUGUUUCCAUUACACUAUUAUUUAUGAAUAUAUUGAAGUCAAAAUUUUUUUACAUGUAUUCUACUUCAACCCGUAAUUAUUUAUGCCACAAUCCACACUGGCAGAUACAGUUAUUAAAAAAAACAAUAAGAACAAAUAUAUUUUGUAUUCAUUAGCUACAAAAAUGUUAAUGCAUCAAAAAUCCCUUUUUGCUAAUGGUAACAGAUCAAGGUUCCCUAAUGAUUACUUUAGACUGGAAAACCUAAGCUUAAGCUUUUUUUAAAAAUUAUGUUUAAAUCCAGUUCAAGAACAAAAUAAAAUAAUCUUUAGAAAAUUUAAUGAAGCUUAUGAUUAAUUUUGCUAUAAAGAAACAUUUAAAAUAAUUUAGGUAAGAUAAUUGAGGCUGUUGCAUUUAGUAUUUUAUGAGAUUAAAAUAAGGAACAAGAAAUUAGUUAAGUAGACAUCAGUUAUUCAGUGUUUUCUUCCCAUUGUAGCAUGAUACGUAAGAAAAACAUCACAAAAUAUUUAAGUCAAUGCCACAAAAGUAACAAUAAAACUAUUCUUUCCAUUUUUAUAAUAAUUGUUGCACUCAUUGAUGCCAAAUUAUUAUUAUUCAUGUAGUUUGUUUCUUGAUGUUGUAGUAUAUGUCCUUGGUUACAGUCUCAGGCAAGAACUAUGGUUUUAAUUUUUAAACAUUAAAUUUGGUAUGAGAGUGUUCAAGAUAAUUUUUUUAUCCAAAAUAGCUAAAAAAAACUAUGCUGUUAUCCUAUAAUCCAGUUAAAAAUAAGUGUAAUUAAAUAAAUGUUUUUCAGUCUAUCCAGCACUGGUUUGCAUCAGAUUGAUAGUUUUAUCAAGAUAAUUGCUAACUUGUUACUAAAUAGACAUACCCCUUUAAUGUCCUUGUUUAUAAAAAAAGAAAAUGCUACAGCAUUAUUCACAGCAUGCUUGAGGGAUUAAGCUAAUUUUUCUUUAAAAAUUUUAAUUUAAAGACUUUCUAAUCUUUGGCUGAGUGAUUUUUAAAAAAAAUACAUUAAUUUGCUUUGCACUUUUUAUUUAUGUUAAAUAACCUUUUUGCACACAAAUUCUGUGCUCUCUAUAUUUCUAGAGUUAUUUAUUUUAUAACUUAAGAACAUCAUUUUUAAUUUUUUUUUGUGUGUAUUUCAUGAUUGGAGAAUGUGUUGAGUUUUUAAGGAAUAGAAUAAAACUGAGCAAACUCUGGUCUAAGGGCCUGAGAACAUGAUUUCAUUGAAUUAAAAAAAUGUCCAAUUAAUAAACACAGGAUAACUUGGACCAUUAACUUAAUAGUAUAGAAGUUCAUCUGUCAACUAGCUUCAUCAUUGGAAAGCUCAGUUGAAAGUUGGAAAUGCUUAGCAUAGCAUAAAUAUUGAAGUAUGGAUGCCAUAGUUAUGUAAUACUUUAUUUGUCUGGGAAACAUCCACCUCCUUAAUUCAGUGUCCAGCCCUAGAGGCGACAAUGUUUGCACACACCUGGUUUAAGGAACUGUUAUUAACUAUUAGUUAUUCAGUAUUUUGAAUCCCAAACAAUUUCACACUUUAUCUUUUAUAAAUCAUAUUUAUUUAUUUUAAUAAUAAAAAUGUGUACCCUUUUAAACCACAUAUUGUAAGGAAUGAGAAUUAAAUUCCAUGUAUAUAUUUGUUUCUUUGCUGUUAAAUUUAAAAGAUUAACUUAUGGUAUUAUUUUUGAACAUUUUAUAGAUAGUUUAUUAACAAAGUUUGUGAGAUAUGGUUAUUUUAUCAUAACAUUUAUUAUAUUAUUAUGUGGAUUAGAGUUAUGUAGGCAUUGGGCUACAAUGAAGUGUUGAAAAGUUAAUAGUUAGCAACAUUUUAGAAUUUGACUGUAAAUGUUUCUCUUCAAAGCUGCCCUGUUAUGUAAAAUUGUUGAGGAUCUAUGCUGUAGAUUAAGAGUUAACAAGCAUUUAACAGGACAGAGCUGUAAAGGGUUGAGGCAGUCACAGUAGAUGAAUAACAUAUAUCUGGUCCCCAGUUGCUCCUGUCAAGUUAUUUUUAUUACAUUUUACUGUGUUGAAAAUAUUACUUUUCCAAAGAAUAUACGGUUCUAAAUGUUAGAGUUAGAUUGAUAGGUUACUUUGCUUUUCACUAAGGCUUUAAAAAUACUUUUGUGUUUAUUAUUGUCUAAAUACCAUGUAAAUAAGUUUUUAUUAUAUUUUUUUUUAUUUUAGGUACAACAGUAUUAUCAUCAAUAAUAAAAAAAUUUAAGACUUACCACA